GAAGCUGCAACGGCAGCGGGAUCAGAUCAAGGCAUGGGCGGCAAGCAACGACAUCAAAGAUAAGAAACCGUUAAUAGAACAGCGAAAGCUGAUCGAGAGCGUAUGCGAGAGUCUUGACAAUCCGUCACGGUUUCACAUAAGCUAAUCAUAAAGGUGUAGCAAAUGGAGAAGUUCAAGGCUGUGGAGAAGGAGAUGAAGACGAAAGCAUACUCCAAAGAGGGUCUAUCGGCGGCCGCGAAACUCGAUCCCAAGGAGAAGGAGAAGUUAGAGGCAUGCCACUUUCUAUCGUCCAUGGUUGAGGAACUGGAUCGUCAAAUCGAAACGCUCGAGGCGGAACUGGAGACAUUACAAGUCAGCAUCAAGAAGAGCAAAAAGGACCACUCCAAGGCGGAACGUGUCGCCCAGAUCGAAGCGUUGACUGAGCAGCAUAAAUGGCACCAGGGCAAGCUGGAACUCAUAUUACGCGCUUUGGAGAACGGCAACAUUGAAACUGAGCAAGUGGUCGACCUGCAGGAGAAUAUCAAAUACUAUGUGGAGAGUAACGAGGACCCCGACUUCAUCGACGAUGACACAAUGUACGACGAUCUCAAUCUCAAUGAGGAAGAGGAUACAUUUGGAAUGAACAACGAGAACGAUCGCGUGUCUUCUCAGGAUGCGCAAUCGAUACAAGAUGACGUCCAGGAUGGUGAUGCCCGAAGUCACAGUAUAGGAAGCAAGCAAAAGUCUCAACCGCCUCCUGACGCACCAGCAGCAGCAUCAGCAGGUCGCCGACCAUCAGCAACGCACGCGAAAUCUCCGCUACCGGCGUUGGCCACUUUACAUACCCCCUUAUCGACCUCUACCAAUGGCAUCAUGAGUAAUAGCAUGAAGCCAGCCCCCCUACCGACACGCGCGCCAGGUGAGACGUUGAAAUACGCCUCUGCGGCGGCUGCGGCUGCUGCAAGUGACAGAAAUGACGUUGGAAUUGCACCUUUACCGCCGCCACCGGGUACUCAUCCUCCAACACAACCGACAUCAUCGAAAACAAGCAGCGUCGCAUCACCUGCUAUCUCAAAUUCUCAGCCCGUGGCUGCAACUUCUGGUCCUGCUGGCAAAGCGGCCGCCCCUGCAUUGGAUGCCCAGGCUCGAGCAAAGUCCCCGGCGUUGAGCCAAUCCAGUGCCGCAGCUAGCACCAGCGUUGCUGAAAGCAUGCCGCCUACGCCGGCAAUGUCCAAGGUUGAGAGUGUUGCCAAGCCUGCUGCCAAACCUGAUAGCGCUGCUCCAGCGAUCCCGCAAAAUGGCGUAGAUGCGGAUGCGGAUGAAUCCAUCUACCAUCUGCCGCCAGGAUUGCAUGACCUGAUUCAAUCCUUCGAAACAACCAAAUCCCGGGUUUCCCUCGAGCCCACGCCAUCAGUGCAGCGCCUGCUCAACGCGUCACAAACAUCCUGCCCUGAGUCCAUUGAUGCUGAGAAGCCCAAACACUAUAAGCCGCAGACUCGUUACAACACCCCCCCUCAUUACCCUCAGGAACCUCUACCCAUUUUCGACGAUCCACGCCUUUACUCACGGAUAGAUACCGACACCUUGUUCUACGUCUUCUACUACUGUCAAGGAACAUACCAGCAGUACCUUGCGGCUAAGGCGUUAAAGAACCAGAGCUGGCGCUUCCACAAACAGUACCAGACAUGGUUUCAGCGCCACGAAGAGCCCAAGACGAUUACAGAGGAAUUCGAGCAAGGAACGUAUCGGUUUUUUGAUUACGAGAGCACAUGGUCAGUCCACCGAUUUACCUUUGCAUUAAUUUCUCACAAAUCCGUAUUUUAUGAUUAACCUUUUUCCCAUUUUGCUGUCCUAUACUUCCUUGCUUGACCUUUGGCCUAAAGCUACUUAUCGCUGACAUUUACUUCUUUUUCGUAAACAGGAUGAAUCGUCGGAAAGCAGACUUCAAGUUUGCUUAUAAAUUCCUUGAGGAUGACCUAUGAAAUCUUGAGCCUGCAACUCAAGAUUGCAUAGAGCGGGCGUUGGAACUUUUUCUGUUUUAUUCUUCUUUGGGCUGGGCUGAGAACUUGCACCAAAGUACCUUUGACUUCUUCACUUG